UUAUAUUUACAUGCAAAACAGUCGGAUUUAUUUUAAAAGUUUGUGAAAUUAGUUAACGGCUAACGAGCCUGUGGCAUACCAAUGCAAUAUGGAAUAUAUCAAUUGAAUUUAAAACAAACAAGCUACCACGAAAAUAGCCGGUGUAAUAAAAAAAAUAGUAACCGAUGUUGACCUUUCCGAACGCAGCUUACUAGCGCGGCCAGCUGACGCGGCGUUGCCGUUCCACGGGCAUAGACGUCUAUCUGCGUGCUUAUCGCCUCUAACGCUAGGAAACAGAGGUCACUUUCGCGUAACAAUGUUAAGUAUAUAAAGGAUAUAGGACGUUUCAUCAGGCUAGAUGACACUUCCCGCGCGAAAAAUUCGAAAUGCUUUUUAUCAGUCGAGUUCGGCUUGUACAUUUAGUUGGUCCGUGUGAUUCAUCGACGAAUUAUUUAUUUUAUUACUAUUUGAUAAGAAUUAACAAAAAAACGUUAAAAAUAAAUUUAUGUUCGCAGUGUUUUCGUAUUUAGAAAGAGUGAUUUAUUGUUAGUGUAAUGUGUUCAAGUUAAAUAAUAUAGUGCAAUAUAUAUGUGAUACCAAAGUGUCCAAAGUUAGAAAAAAGUAUUUAUUUAAAAUAAAAAAAGUAUAUAAAUAAUAUUUAUUUACUACUUACUAAAAGUAACUUAAAAAAAUAUAUUAAAAAAUAUAUAAAAAAUUUUGACGAAAAGUACCAGAGUCGCAUAAAUCUCGUGGAGGUUAAAUUCGCGGUAACUAGUUCGCGCGUUAAAGGCUAGAUGGCGCGGUGACAAAGUGGCCUACAUGCCGGUGGCGCUGGGCUCGCUCGGCGGCGAGGGCGAGUACCGCGAGUACCACCACCUCUCGCCGCACCAUCCUCACCACCACCCGCACCCGCAUCCGCAGCACCAUCAGCUGCAGUAUGAGUACGCGCCGCCGCCGCCGCCGCCGCUCUACCACCCUAUACCGGACCCUUAUUAUAGGAGGCACGCACCCUAUUUCGGGCAGCCGGACUACAGAGUAUAUGAACUCAACAAACGGUUACAACAGAGAACAGAGGACUCGGAUAACCUUUGGUGGGACGCGUUCGCGACGGAGUUCUUCGAAGACGACGCGACCCUCACUCUCACAUUCUGUUUAGAAGAUGGACCUAAAAGAUACACAAUAGGAAGGACGCUGAUACCGCGGUACUUCCGUAGUAUAUACGAGGGCGGAGUCUCAGAGCUGUACUACACGAUGAGACAGCCCAAGGAAUCCUUCCACAAUACGAGCAUCACGCUCGAUUGCGACCAUUGCACCAUGGUCACGCAUCACGGGAAACCAAUGUUCACUAAAGUGUGCACGGAGGGCCGGCUGAUCCUGGAGUUCACGUUCGACGACCUGAUGCGCAUCAAGUCGUGGCACCUGGCCGUGCGCGCGCACCGCGAGCUGAUCCCGCGCCAGGCCGUGCACCCGCCCGACCACGCCGCGCUCGACCAGCUCGCCAAGAACAUCACGCGCCAGGGCAUCACCAACUCCACGCUCAACUACCUCAGGUUAUGCGUAAUUCUGGAACCGAUGCAGGAGCUUAUGUCCCGACACAAGGCGUACGCGCUCUCCCCCCGGGACUGCCUCAAGACCACGCUCUUCCAGAAGUGGCAGAGGAUGGUCGCGCCGCCGGAGUCGCAGCGGCCGGCGAGCAAGCGACGCAAGCGCAAGGGCAGCGCCGGCGCCAACGCCGCGCCCCCCGCGCCCGCCAAGAAACGAUCCCCCGGACCCAACUUCAGCCUCGCCUCGCAGGACGUGAUGGUGGUCGGUGAGCCGUCGUUGAUGGGCGGCGAGUUCGGAGACGAGGACGAGCGACUCAUCACGAGGCUCGAGAACACUCAGUACGAGGGGGAGGGCGUCGAGUGGAGCAACCCCCCGCCCGCCUCGCCCGCCAAAACACCCCCCGGCAACCACUGACACUUGGACAUGUCGUAUAAAUAAAUAAAUAUAGGCCUUUACGGAUAACAUUCACCAUUUCGUUUCAUUUUACCUCCGCGGGCUUAGACAAAUGUACAUAGGCGGUUGGAGACGAGUGACGUCAUCACGUAUUCAACGGUCGAAGAAUCGGAUGGGACAGUCGUUUAUGUUUGAUAUUUGUACAGUUUGAGCUUUCGCGAUGUAAAUAUAAUAUUCGUUUUAUAUAUUAUAUUCGGGUUUUAGCCGCAAUCGUAAUUUUGAAUCAAUUGAGAGCUUAAACUGUACAAAUUCAAACCGUCAGUGGUCGGAUUGUGUUUAAUAUUGUAUCAAAAUUGUCUUUUCACAGAUUCUCGUUAUAAGAUUUAAUAAAAUUAAUUAAUUUUUAUAUAUUUUUUUGUAUAUUUAUUUGUUCGUGUGUCUGUCAAUGAUAUAUUAUAUAAAUUGCUUAAGAGAACUAAUUUAAAAAUCGCUUCGAUAAUUAUCGAAUGUUCUUUGUCUAAGCCUGCUGUUUACAAACAAAAUGUAUAAAACCUUGGUCUGUGAUGGAAUUAAAAAAGAAAACUCAAAUUGAAUCGCCUUAAAGUGACGUUAGUUUUUUUGUUUCUAAACGGCCUGUGACUUUAAAAAAAAUGGACGUAAAAGCGGUAAAAUCGAAAUGUCAAUUUGACAUUAGGAAAAAAACAAUAUGAACUCACUCGUCCACGGGCACUGGACAUGUUGUAUAAAUAAAUAAUUAUAUGCCUUUACGGAUAACAUUA